AAUUAAAUUAAAUAAAUAAACGAUUUUAGAUCCAAAAAGCGGCUAUUGAUUUGUCAAUAUUAUAUUAAAUUAUAAUGGCAAGCCAUCAGGAAAAAUGGAUUUUUUCUUUUGCUAUAACCGAAACACAAGUUCAAAAAAAUUACACUACUUAUAAAAUAACAUCAAUCAUCAUUCCAAAGAAUACACCGGAGGCUUUAUCAUGUAUCACAGUCAAUAAGCGUUUUCGUGAAGUUUGCAAAUUCUAUAAGGAAAUUUGUCGUAAAGCUUGCGAGGCCAAAAUCGAUUUAACAAAGAUUCCUAAACUGAAAAAUAGCACUUACUUCAAACGAUUCUCGCCGGAGGUAAUUGAAGAGCGAAAAAAUUACAUUAUAAGUUUGUUGAAUUUUAUUGGAGACAACCCAGUUCUUUAUCGAUCAGAAGCAUUUGUAAAGUUUUUUGAUACUUCGUUAACAACGAGUUGUUACAUUGGAGAAGAUAGAAUUGAUUGUGGAGAUGAACUUAGUGUUAAAACUUUUCUGACAGAUGACUUGAACAACGAAGAAACGACUUUUGCUGCAAAAGAGUUAGAUCGAGUGAUGACAAAAACAUUUUCAGAACGGUUAUCAAGUGAUCCAGACACAAAUAUCUUAAUCGAACGUUUAACUGAAGAAGUAUCAUUAGAGAAAAAUAUUGAAGACAGUAGGAUUACCGAUAUCGAGCAAAGAUUGAAACAGCUUAAAGAAGAUAGUUCAUUUGAUUAUAUUUAUGAAGCAGCAUUAAAGUUUACAGAAGCAGUUGAGAGCGACGCACUAGGAUCUUACCAAAAAGCAUUUGAUUCAUACAAGUAUGGAAUAGAUAUAUUGCUAUGCGGAGUUAAAAACGAUUCAGACGUAGGACGUAAGAAAAUUGUGGCUUGGAUUAUUUUGCUGAGAUUCAAUUAGACGACAACGAAAUUGAAGAGGAUGCGAAAGAUUUAUUGAAUAGUCUUAUUGUAGUUGAUUCCAAUCACAGAUUUUCUGUAAAUCAAGUGAUGAAACAUAAAUUUUUUGGCAGCUCUGUUG